AUGCAGGCCUUUCACUCGCGCCAGCUAAACGAGGAUUCUAUUCGUGCACUUGCCUGGGCUAUCGAGGAGCUUCUGUCCCUGCCUACUUCCAGUGAUAUUCAGAUGGACAUAACCAAUGACGCUCAAAAGGUCGUGGAUGAUGGAUCGCUUUUCGAAUCCCCAUCGAGAGAGAUCAGGAGCCACGCUUACAAGAUCAAACAUUUGCUUCAAAUGAAAUCUUCCAAAGCAACAUCCUCAGCAGAUCCUGACUUCUGUCCUGGUGGCCGUCAUGACAACGACUUCGCCGACUACCGUAAAAUUGCCAUAUACCCGACUUCCGACGAGUUUCUGUCGACGAAAAAGCCAUUCUACCGAAGAGGACAAGAAAUUGCCGAAGUGGCAGUUGAGACACGCCUCACAGCCCAUUUGGAUAACCAGUUUCGGUUGCUGCGCGAGGAUAUGCUUUCUGAUAUCCGAGAUGAAUUUCAGAUUGCCAGGGGCCAGAAAAAAGGUCGCCAGGCUGCCCCUCUGCUAGGCGAACUUACCUUAGCCCAAAUUCGAUAUGGAGAUGACAGACGGCUUCGACCUUGCACACUACGAAGCCCUCAGGAACGCAAGGAAUUCCUUAAAGAACAUCGGAAUUACCUUCGUCACCAAGCGUUUGGAUGCUUGAUGCGACGAGGGGAAAUUAUCUCGUUCUGCACAUUGGACCGCGAUGUUGAACUACUUUCCCGGUCACCUCCGCAGAUCACCCUGAGAAUAAUCGGACAAAGUGCACUAGCAAAAACGCUUCUCUACUUCAAGCUUUUCCGCGACAUUGAGUAUCUUCUAGUCGAUGCAUCCGUCUUUGCUUAUGAGCCGAUUCUACGGUGUCUCCAGGAUAAACUGGAUAUAUCUCUGGCCAAGGAGCUUCUGGAAUACCGAAAAGGUGACCCAGUUUCAAUGGCCGAUGUCAUCUCCCCUUCCGUGAUCGAGGACCUCCGACAGGCCGGGAACAAUAGUGGUAACCUCCAAAGUAAUUUGGAGACCGAAAAGGAGUUGACAUCCUUCCUUUCUGGACUAUCGCAGAGUGUCAGUCUUAUACAAGGGCCUCCUGGAACUGGGAAGUCAUUUGUUGGAGCUCUUUUAGCGAAAGCAAUUUACAAGUACAGCGAAGAGAAGAUACUGGUGAUGUGCUACACCAAUCACGCACUGGACCAGUUUUUAGAGGACCUUCUUGAUAUUGGGAUUGAUCAGUCAGAAAUUGUGCGUCUCGGUUCGAAGUCCAUCAACAGGACAUCUCAACUCAGUAUCCACGAGCUGAAGUCCGACUACAGAAGGAGCCAAGAUAGUUGGGCUGUCAUAAAUAAAUUGAAUGCCGACGCGGACGAGCUCAAAGAAGCGAUGCCUUCUGCGUUCCAAAAAUACCAGAAACUUCGUCUAUCUCCCGGCGUUAUGGAUGAAUUCCUCGAAUUUGAAUACCCGGACUUCUACGAAGCUUUUAAGCCCCCAGAGGAAGGAAAGAUGACUAUGAUGGGAAAGAAAGGAAAGCAAGUCACCUGGGGGUAUCUGCUCGAGCGGUGGUUAUCCAGUAAAGACCAGGGAUUGCCAUCAUUGGAUCAUUUAUGCCAGGCAUCCCGUGAUGUAUGGGAAAUGGUCCCUAUGACGCGCCAGUCACAUAUUGAAAAAUGGACCAAGGCUCUCAUUGAGGAACAGGUCACAAUGCUUCACAGUUUGAUGUGCCGGCUGGAAAAUUGCCAAGACCAGCUCGAUGAUGUAUGGAAUGACAAGACACGCAUGAUUAUUUCAUCCAAGCGGAUAAUUGGGUGUACGACAACAGCAGCUUCCAUGAAUACUGCGGCAUUGAGUCUUGCCUCGCCAGGGGUCGUUCUCCUGGAAGAGGCUGGCGAGAUUCUUGAGCCACAUGUUCUUGCCGCGAUGGGACCCCAUACUAAGCAACUGAUUCUUAUCGGAGAUCAUCAGCAGCUCCGACCCAAGAUAAACCACUAUGGGCUUUCUGUGGAAAAGGGAGCGGGCUAUGAUCUCAACCGCUCUUUAUUUGAACGUCUAGUGGAAUCAGGACACCCACACUCUACCUUGGCUAUCCAGCAUCGCAUGUGUUCCGAAAUUUCAACAUUAGUCCAGGCUCUCACCUACCCAGGUUUGUUGAAUGAUCCCAAGACGCCCAAUCGCCCUGCUCCUCGUGGGCUACAAGACAGGGUCAUCUUUAUUAACCAUAGCAAUCCCGAGAAACGGUUUGAUGGCAUUGCAGACCGCCGUGAUGAAGGUGCCAAAGCGAGCAAGCGGAAUAUCUUUGAGGCUGAGAUGGGAUACGGGACAGACAAGAUAGUUGUCCUCACACCAUACCUGGGCCAGUUGCAUCUUCUCCGGGACUGUCUUCGUAAAGACAAUGAUCCGGUACUUAAUGACCUAGACUCGCACGACCUUGUGCGUGCAGGGCUCCUAUCUCAGGCCAGUGCGCGGCAUACGAAACGGCCCAUUCGGCUAUCAUCAAUCGAUAAUUAUCAGGGAGAAGAGAGUGAUAUUGUUGUCGCCACACUUACCAGGAGCAACGAUGAAGGUAACAUCGGGUUUAUGGCAGCCCAACUGCGCUUGAACGUGUUGUUAUCGCGUGCUCGGAAUAUCCUGGUUUUGAUUGGAAAUGCCACAACUUUUACGUCAAGCAAGAAGGGAAAGGAAUUUUGGGGACCGUUUAUUGAUCGGCUUCAUGCCAACCAUCAUUUGUACGACGGGUUGCCUAUCAAAUGCGAACAGCAUCCGCAGAAUACAGCAAUUAUUUGUAGGCCGCAGGACUUCGAUACCGAAUCUCCUGACGGGGGAUGUCGGCUGCCUUGUGGUGCGAAACUUAACUGCGGGAUCCACGACUGCCCAUACAUGUGCCAUCAGUUAGCAGACCACUCUAAAAUGAAGUGUUUGAAGAUUGUUGAAUGGAUUUGUCCACGAAAUCAUCGCAUUACUCGACCAUGCAUGCAAUUUCAAAAUACAUGCCAGAUUUGCAAUGCGGAAGACAGGGCCAAAGAGCGACGACGGGAACAAGAAAUGGACCUGGAAAUCAAACGAGAGCUAAUGCAGACAGAGUACUUGCGUCAGCUGACUGAGAUCCAGGAAGAAAUCGCCCAUGAGAGACGAGUUAGAAAAGACAAAUCCGAUGCAGAGGAGAAGCAGCGUGUCCUCCAGCAGCGUAAGAACGAACUCCAGAGGUUGAGAAGCAACACCAACAAAACACACGUGCCAGAUAAUAGCCGACAGGGUGCCAGCGGAGCAAGUUGUCCUUAUAUUGGGCCCUCGGACCAGCAGCUUGUGAAUCGUCAUGUUGAUAAAGCUCCAACCAAGUUUCCGGAUGAGGGUAAAACGCAUGACAACAUGUCAUCCGCCGCAGCAGACUGGAAACAGCAGAAGGAACUUGAAGGAACUCAAAGCCCAGAAAUAGAUGCUUUAAUGGAAAUGAUAGGUCUAGAGAGUGUCAAGGAGCAGUUCCUUGGCAUAAAAGCUCAAGUGGACACGGCACUAAGACAGAACAUUGACCUUCAAGGGGACCGUUUUGGGUCCGUGUUGCUGGGCAAUCCGGGAACAGGCAAGACGACUGUCGCGGGGUUAUAUGCUAAGUUCCUGACUUCAAUGGGAAUUAUUCCGGGAAGCUUCGUUGUUGAAACGACAGGAUCACGACUGGCGAACGACGGAGUAACGGGCUGCGAAAAACAGAUCAGCAACAUCCUCAAUAAUGGAGGUGGAGUGCUCUUCAUCGAUGAAGCAUACCAGUUAUCACAGGGGCACGGAUCUGGGGCACAUGUGAUAGAUUUCCUUGUCGGAGAAGUCGAGAAGCUCUCUGGGAAGAUGGUUGUCGUUCUGGCGGGUUGUCGAACCCAGAUGGAAAAAUUCUUCGCGCAUAACCCUGGCUUGCCAAGUCGCUUCCCACGGGAGUUUUCCUUUGAAGACUAUAAUGACGACGAGCUCCGUCGAAUUCUCAAGCACCGAAUACAAAAGAAGUACGGUGGCAGAAUGAAGGUGGAGGGGGGAAUGGAUGGUUUGUACUGUCGCAUUGUCGCCCGACGCCUUGGCCGACAGCGCGGAAAGGAAGGGUUUGCAAAUGCCCGUGCCGUGGCAAAUGCUUGUUCCAGGAUAUUUGAGCGCCAGGCCCGUCGUUUGAAGAGGGAGAGGAGACGCAAAACAUUUGUCGAUGACCUUUAUUUGACCAAGGAGGAUCUGAUCGGUCCUGAGCCCUCCAAUGCACUCCAGAACUGUUCUGCAGGGCGAAAGCUACAGUCCAUGAUUGGGCUUAAAAGGGUGAAAGAGGACGUACAGGCCCUGUUAGACAGCAUCCAAUCCAAUUACAACCGGGAGUUGGGCGAACAGCCUUUGAUCGAGUUUACAUUGAACCGUGUGCUUCUGGGGUCGCCGGGGACGGGAAAGACUACAGUCGCAAAGCUCUACGGACAAAUACUUGUUGACAUUGGAUAUUUGUCAAACGGGCAAGACUUUGUUGGCAGUGCCUUGGGUGAAUCGGAGAGGAACACCAAAGGCAUAUUAGCAUCGACGGUUGGGAAGGUUUUGGUGAUCGACGAAGCAUACGGUCUCUACGGGGGUCACGAAACCGAUAUCUAUAAGACUGCCGUUAUUGACACACUUGUCGCAGAGGUCCAGAGUACACCCGGUGACGACCGUUGCGUCUUGCUGGUGGGAUACCAAGACCAGAUGACCACCAUGUUUCAGAAAGUUAACCCAGGCUUGUCCCGACGAUUUCCUCUGGAUUCUGCCUUUGUGUUCGAAGAUUUUACUGACCACGAACUUGGCCUGAUCCUGGACUUGAAGUUAAAACAACAGGGCUUUGAGACCACGCCAGCAGGCAGGAAGGUAGCCUUAGAGGUUCUGGCGCGCGCACGCAACCGCCCGCACUUUGGUAAUGCUGGUGAGGUCGAUAUUCUGCUUAAUACUGCCAAAAUCAAUCAUCAACGGCGGUUGUCUACGGCAACUCAGCCAGCUAAGGGCUCCCGUCUGGAACCGGAGGACUUUGACAAAGACUUCGACCGUGCCGAUCGCUCCGAUACUGAUAUACCGAAACUGUUCUCAGGUGUUGUUGGUUGUGAGAAAAUUGUCCAGCAGUUGGAAGGAUAUCGACAGACCGUCAAAAAUAUGCGAGAGUUGGACAUGGACCCGCGAGACCAAGUGCCAUUUAAUUUUCUAUUCAAAGGUCCACCCGGUACCGGUAAGACCUCGACAGCUAGAAGAAUGGGCGAGGUGUACUACAACAUGGGCCUCCUGAGUUCUGCAGAAGUUAUCGAAAGCUCCGCAGCAGACCUCAUCGGUCAGUACGUCGGCCAGACGGGUCCCAAAGCCCAGUCCCUGCUCGAGAAAGCCCUAGGAAAGGUGCUUCUCAUCGACGAAGCAUACAGACUCGCCGAGGGACACUUCGCCAAGGAGGCCAUGGACGAGAUCGUGGACUGCAUCACCAAACCAAAGUUCUUCCCAGGUUACGACACGGACGUCAACCGACUAAUGGCCAUCAAUCCCGGGCUAACCAGUCGCUUCUUCGAGUCAAUCGAAUUCAACGGACUCAGCCCGGACAGCUGCAUGCAGUUACUAACCAACCUCCUCCAAUCCCGGAAGAAAAGCCUUACAUCCAAACUCACCGAUUUCAACAUGACCUCGAUCGAGUCUCCGAGCAACACCUUCCAUAAAUUAUGCAAGAAACACUUUUCCCAACUAUCCAAAAUCUCCAAUUGGGCCAACGCAAGAGACGUGCAGACCCUAGCCAAUGGAAUAUUCCAAAACGCUAUCCGAAAGAUACAUGACCGAAAGCUCCUCAUAGAUGAAGCGCUUGUUAUUGCGGAGUUGGUCCACAUGGUCCAGGAAAGAACCAACCGAGAAAGCGCGCAGUCGCUAUGCAAAGACCCGCUUGCCCUUUUGCAGACCCAGGCGAGGUCUACCACCGACCAGCCAAUGACCGGUCCUUCCACAAACACAACUGCUACUACGACUAUUACCACCCCCGAGACAACGACAAACGAUCCAGAAACCCCACCCCAACCACCAACCAAAACAAACCAGGGCCCUGAUCCCCGAGACGCAGGAGUAUCAGACGCCAUAUGGAUCCAACUCCAACAAGACAGACUCGCCUCGGAAACCCGCGAAAAAGAACACCAGAAACUCAUCUCAGACCAAAAUUAUCUACAAACCCUCGUAGAAUCACUCAAGAAACAACAACCACCCCCGCCGGCCCAAAACGGCAACGGCAACGGCAACGACGACGAUGCCAAGAAGCGUCACGAGCAACAGCGCCUUCAACAUGAACUCGAGCGCAGGGCCAGGGAAGAUAAAUUGGAAGCACUGCGCAAGGAACGCGAGGCUGCUGAGCUAGAGCGCAGGAAAGAUCAGCAAGCUCAGAAAAGACUCAAGCAAACGGGGGUCUGUUGUAUGGGAUAUCGCUGGAUAAGGCAGACAUAUGGGUAUCGGUGUACUGGGGGGUCGCAUUUUGUUUCGAAUGAACAGUUGGGAGUUUGACUUGAGUAGUUGUUGUAUGGGAAUGAUUGCUGGGUGAUAUUUGUGGACUUGAUGAAAGAGGGG